CGCUUAUGCUGGGAUCGAACCAACAGCUGUUUUUGUAUAUCUUUUUUUCCGAGAAGAAACAUACAAAUUUAAUGACUAAUCUUGUAAGAAGCAAUAAAUGGACAACAUGAGUGAAAUGGCUGCUGAAAGCACAACACUGCCACACAUGACAGAAGCACUGCCCCAAAUUCCAGUGCUGCAAUCGGUUGGCUGCAGUUUUGUGUUGGCAGUCAUCUAUGUGGGCAGCCUCUACGUGUGGAACACCAAACACAAUCGCGAUCAUCCGACGACGAUAAAGCGCCGUUUCGCAAGCGUCUCGUGUGUCAUGUUGAUCGCACCGCUUUUCGUAUACUUCUUCUCGUCGCCGGAACUGCUGCAGCAAGAGCCAUUCCCCAAGCUGCUCGGCUUUCGCUGGCACGGAUUGUGGCAGGCCAUUGUGAUCCCAUAUCUGCUGACAGCACUCCUCUAUGCGGGUCCCAUCUUUGUCAACAUGCAGAACGAAUCAUGGCGCUCGUACUUUGACGUGGACUACUGGCGUGGCUCACUUGGGAAUAUUAUCUGGAUACGUAACCAUGUGAUGGCACCAUUGAGUGAGGAAUUUGUGUUCCGUGCCUGCAUGAUGCCACUAAUAUUGCAGAGCUUCACCCCCCUGACGGCGGUGUUUAUAACGCCUCUAUUUUUUGGCGUUGCCCAUUUGCAUCACAUCGCCGAGAGACUGAGCCUGGGCGUAAAGCUGAGCGCCGCUUUGAUGAUCGGUUUGUUCCAGUUCACCUAUACGACCCUCUUCGGUUUCUAUUCGGCAUAUCUGUUUGCCCGCACGGGGCAUUAUAUUGCCCCGUUGUUGGCCCACGCGGUGUGCAAUCAUAUGGGAUUACCAGAUGUGCAAGAUCUGUGGCAGCAGGAUCUGUGGCGACGCGUAGUUGCCUGCAUCUUAUAUCUGGUGGGACUCGCUAGUUGGAUUUAUCUGCUGCCCAUUGCAACUGAACCGUCUCUUUACGAUAAUAAGCUUUAUUGGAAUGUUAAGUAGUCGAAGCAAAGAAAUAGAAUUAGUCUAAUAACUGUUUUGUUGCCAUUGUAGUUCAUAUCACACUUAGCUGACUGUACAUUGUGUGUAACUAAGUCUUCCGUUAAGAAUAAAGCAUUCAACUAUUUUUACAGCA